CCAAAAAAUAUUAGGUUUCCUAGCCCAAUUAGGAGUUUAUCCCGAAACUCUUAAAACCUAUAUAUUUGAUCAAUGUAAUACGGUUAGGUUGAGGAGUUUGACACAAAAUCUAACAAAGAGGAGUAAAGUGCUAAAAAAAAAAAAAAAAAAAAAAACGAUAAUGGUGUUAGCAGAUUUAGGGGGGAGCAUACGUAAUGCUCUUCGGAACUUAAAUAAUUCAAGUGUGAUCGAUAAGGCUGUAGUCAGCGAAUGCUUGAAUGAGAUCACUCGUGCUCUUAUCAGGGCCGAUGUUAAACCAGCUUUAAUCAAACACUACAUUGACAAUAUUAAGAAUAACAUCAAUCUUGAUCAUCUUUUUGAGGGUCUUAACAAGUACAAGAUUCUUCAACAGGCGGUAUUCAAUGAGCUAUGUAAUAUGUUGAAUUCGGAGAAGCCAUCUUUUACUCUCAAGAAACGAAAACCAAGUGUUGUUAUGUUUGUCGGUCUGCAAGGGUCCGGAAAGACGACUACAUGUACAAAAUAUGCCCGUUAUCAUAAGAGAAGGGGUUGGAAACCAGCUCUUAUUUGUGCUGAUACUUUUCGAGCCGGUGCUUAUGAUCAGUUGAAGCAAAACGCCACUAAGGCUAACAUUCCCUUCUAUGGAAGUUACACGGAAUUAGAUCCAGUGAAUAUAGCAGUUGAAGGUGUGGAAAGGUUGAAAAAGGAAGGUUACGAUCUAAUUAUAAUUGAUACAAGUGGACGACACAAACAAGAGGCUUCUCUGUUAGAAGAAAUGCGACAACUUGAAGAGGCAACGAAACCAGAUGUUGUGAUAUUUGUGAUGGAUAGUAGCAUUGGUCAAUCUGCAUUUGACCAAGCUAAAGCCUUUAAGCAAAGUGUUGGUGUUGGGGCCGUGGUUAACACUAAACUUGAUGGUCACGCUAAGGGUGGUGGUGCUCUUAGUGCUGUGGCCGCCACCAACAGUCCUGUCUUAUUCAUUGGCACAGGAGAGCACAUGGAUGACUUCGAGGAGUUCGACACCAAAUCUUUUGUUAGUCGCCUUCUAGGUACGGGUGACUUGUCAGGAAUUAUAAAAAAGAUGAAUGAAACAGUUAGCAAGGAUGAGAAAUUGAAGCUGGCUCAAGAUAUAUCUAAGGGAAGUUUGACAUUUAGAAUCAUGUACGAGCAGUUGCAGAAUAUCCUCAACAUGGGUCCUAUUUCUCAGGUUUUAUCAAUGUUUCCUGGAUUUACUUGUGAGUUGAUGCCCAAAGCUCAAGAUAAGGAUGCUCAGGCUAAGAUAAAGCGCUAUAUGACCAUUUUGGAUUCAAUGACAGAUAACGAAUUAGAUUGUAAAGAUUCUAUGUCGGACUUGAAGACACGAAACAAACGAAUUAUGCGGAUUGCACGUGGAGCUGGACUUGAGGUUAGAGAAGUUAAUAAAAUGUUGGACGAGUACAAACGCUUUGCUAAGAUUUGGAGCAAGAUUAAAAAUAUUAAGAAUCCUCAAAAAGGUUCCUUAGCCUGUCUCAGAAGUUUGAAGUGCAAUUUUGUGGCCAUGUGAUCGCUGGUAUAAUGGACCAAGAGAUUCCAUGACUUGAUUUUAACUAAAUAACAAAUAACAAUAAAAUCUUAGGAGAAGCCCUACCUGGA